GUUCUAUUUGACCCCCGUAACCUUCACGUAGGUAAAUCCGUGAGGUCAACAAACUGACGUCUAGACAGGUUUUGCUGCUGCAUUUCCGAGGCUGUUCUUACCAUAUGAUCAGCUGCGUGGUGGAUUCUUCAGACAGUUAAACCAAGUUUUUCAGACCAUGACGCGACCUUACACCAAGCCUCUGGAUGGCGGCUAUGGCUGGGCAGUGGUAUUGUCAGUUUUCGUCAUCUGCACAUGUACCAUGGGAGUGACACGGUCGUUCGGCGUGUUCUUCAUCGAGUUCACCUCGCAGUUCAACCAACCAGCAACUGCCACGUCAUGGGUCAUCUCCGUUGCUAUGGCAAUCACAUUUGGAGGAGCGUUUUUCGGCGGGAUGUUUGGCACGAUGUUUGGCUUCAGACCUGUGGCGAUGGUGGGCGGAGUCUUGGCGGCCACUGGGUGCAUUCUGACGUCAUUUGCGGGCAGUAUAGUCCACCUGUACCUCACCACAGGGGUGCUCACUGGUUUCGGUUCGUCCUUGGCCUUCAUUCCGAGCAUGAGUAUGGUGGGAAAAUACUUCGACAAGAAGCGAGCCAUCGCUAAUGGAAUCGCCUUCUCAGGCGUCAGCGUAGGCAACAUAGUGUUCCCCCUGGUCUUCACGUACCUGAUCGAGGAGUACGGGUGGAGAGGGUCGUUCCUGAUCGCUGCCGGAGUCAUGCUGAACAUCACAGCCUUCGCGGCCUUGUUGAGGCCGAUCCAGCUGCCUAUGCCGACACCGGGACCCGACGCACAAGCUCCGGCGAACCCCAAGGCACCGUUUCGCAACGGGCCUUCGGACGGCGAGCAGAGAGACUUGCCCCGGGACGAUUCUGAGAUGGCAUCACACGCCGGCGCCGGUCCCACCGACGAGAUGAAAGUUGCAAUCGUGUCGAAUGGGAAAUCAGCAACGCCGACUCCCAGAAGUCCGGGGAAGAUGAUUCUGGCUCAGUGGAAGUCACUCUUGGCCUACAUUCCAUUCGUGUGUCUGACAAUCUCCGUGUUCCUUCUCGGGUUCGGCUUCUUCAUUCCCUUCGUGCACAUGGCCCCACGGGCAAGGUAUCUCGGGAUCGAGCAGUACGAGGCGGCGUUCCUGAUCUCUAUGACCUCUAUAGGAGACCUGGUGGGCCGGCUAGCGUCGGGGUUUCUCCCCACGUCACGCAGAUUCCGCCGCCUCCAUUGGUACAUCCUGUGCAUGUUGGCGAUGGGCACUUCGUCUCUCUUGUCACCGCUGGCAAGUGGGUACGCAACGUUAGCCACGUACUCCGUCUUUUAUGGAAUACUGGGAGGUGCGUCCAUGUCCAUAUCACUCACAGUCCUGGCGGAGUUGGUUGGUCCUGCAAGGCUUUCCAACGCCAUGGGACUGAUGACACUGCUGAUGAGCGUGGGGAUUCUGGGUGGACCCCCUGUCGCUGGAGCGCUGUUCGACGCCACUAAAACGUACACCCUGUCGUUCAUCGUGGCCGGAUGUGCUCCCGUCCUGGGAGGACUGAUAGUCGCCAUCUUGCUGUGCCUUGGGGACGAGAACGUUCGCCGAGUGUCUGGGAGGGAGAGCUCUCCAACCGGUCCCGCCAAUCGAGCCCGGCCCAGCGUCGUCAAGUCAGACGACAAGGAAGUUCUCACGCCGUUUGUGUUCGAAACAUCGGUGUAAUAUGUGGUUGUGGAGCUUGCUAUCGAUGUUUAUCAGCAAUGCCUUGUCUGGCAAGGACAGUAGACCUUUAUUUCUUGAGAAAGUAUCAAAAUCUGUGAAAUUCUUGGCUUGUAGUCCUCUGAACAGUGCAAACAUCUACCAGGGAAGGUGGAAUCGUGACCAUGUGUUUGUGUGUGUAUUGGGGGGGGGGUCAUUUUGAAAUGAUUGUUGUACAAUGUGCAAAGAAAGUUGUGUCAUGGUAUGUCAUGGGCCUUUUAGUAUCGUCCGUCUGUGGUAAAGACAGCUGCAUUUUUGAGAAGCUGGAAGAGAGAAUUACGUCGUUACAGUCAACGUCAUUUCUAUUCGACAAAGAUUUUAAGCGUUUUUAGAUUUACCUAAUACCCCUCCCCCACCUCGUCACAUGCAGUGACUUAAGUGCGUUAAGCUUAAGGUAUACCAAUAUUUUUACUCCAGUAAAAGUAUCUCUAUGUAUGUACCUUCAUGGCAACUGCUGUGAGAAAAGAGCAAUCCAUAUA